AACUCAUUAAUUUUGAGAUUUUAGCGUGUAAUAAGUCAUGGUUGAGAAAAUUUCUUAAUUUCUCAUAAGAAAACUUGAAUUUCUCCAAAUUUCGUGGUAUUGACACACCAAAAUGCUCGAAAUUAAUGGGAGAAUCUGUGCAUACAUUUGCAACGAAGUCGUUUAUAAAGAACUUGUAACAAUUGCCCCAUUUUCCAAUGUUGGACACUUUUUGACGGUCCAAAAGUAGUUUGAAUGUCUAACCAUAAAACGAAAAACUGAUUUCGUAUAUUACAGAAAUUUUGCACAUUUUUCAAAAAAUGGGCAGUAUUAACUAUAUGUAAUUUACUUCUUUUCAUCAAUCACAUUUUAAUCAACCAGUGAAUAGAAUAUAUAGGAGGAAGCAUAUGUACCCCACACCAGUACCAGUAGUAGCAUUUAGUAGUAAGUAAUAUACAGUAAUACACGCGAGGAGUAAAUGAUUAAUCAUGCAUUCAUAAAAUACAUAAAAUUGCACACAUGUCUCCUGCAUUCAGUUUUGCUAAAUGGCUCGGCCUUGUUAUUACUUACUUACGUAUAUGUGCUCAAUUUUUGCUUAUGAACUUGCUUCUCUCCGGUCGGGUCUGUGCUGUCAGGAAAUCAUACGAUUUAAAGUAGAGAUCUCAGAUUUACAAAAAAAUUGGGGUCUGCGUGUGAAAAUCUGCACGUAAUUAAUCUCCUGCUACAUACAUACGCUGCAGCAUAAAUUCAAGGAUACCCAUUAAGAAGGAGGACGGAUGAUGAUGAGGAGGACGAUGAUGUCACCAGCAGACCAACUCAUUUUUUAGUAUGUUAGCAAUUCAUACGAGAAAAAAUUAAUCGGUUCUUUCCCCCCUAAACAAAAAUCAACAUGCCACAAUUCGCCGGUUACGUCCUCUCUGGCUCCGUAUUAAUCGCCUUCGCCCUAAAAUGGUCCCUCGACGCGACCUCAGAUAACCCAAGCGAUCACGUUUACACGCUGGACACAACACGUUCCUCGUCUCGGGGGAGUUCCUCCACGAAAAAGCGGCGACGCCGGUGCCCCUGCAAACUGGAACAUUGGCCGCUUCAAGGUCUUACCAAAUUGGGCGUGGCGAGUCUCGGGUUGGGCGCCUCGUUGCACGCGGCUUAUCCGCAGGGCGAAUUCAAAUUCGUGGGGCACAUCCUCUACGCCACGAUUUACUUGUUCUUCGCCCUCUCCGGAUUGGUCGAUGUCCUCGUUUUCUACUGUCCCACCGUGAUGCCCUUCGGCCUGGAGAAGUUCGCCCUCUCCCUCGCCUUCCUGAUUGAAGGGCUCAUGUUCAACCUGCACAGAAACCACGAGUCCUUCAUCGAGCAGCAUGUCCACCUUUUGUUGGUGUGCGCGAUUUACGCGUGCGCGCUGAUAACUUUGGUGGAAAUUGUGAUGCCGUGGAGUCGCAUAGUGCGGUUUGGAAGGGCCCUGUUUUCCUUAUUGCAUGGAAGCUGGUUUAUCCAGGCGGGGUUCAUUUUGUUCAAUCCGACCUCGUCGUCGGUCACGUGGUCGAGCAGUGACGAUUAUAAUAGUGCCUUGAUCUGGAUAAGUCUCACGUUUGCGUGGCAUUGUGCGGGUGCUUUAGUCAUUUUACUAAUUUUGAUGGCACUGUCGAGAAAAAGGACGCCCAUCCUGGGCGUCCCGCCGCCAAUGCAGAUGGAACAGUUUGAGGAGAGGGAGCGGUCAAUAGUGUCAAUUCCGAGGUGCCAUUUUUCUUCGAUGUCGAAUUAUGGGGAUAUGAAUAAUAUGAAGGCGUAGUUUAGUUAGUUAAAUGUGUAAAGGAUUAUUUAGUUUGGAUCUGAAUUUUAUGUAAAAAAUGGAAUUUUAUGAUACUCAAAUUUUGUUGAAUAAUUGUUAACUUACUUGUUAAUCUUUUUUUUGUUUUGUUAUUAUUUUACUGUAUUUACUACUACGUAUUGAUAUAUAAUACAAACAUGGGUUUGUACAUUUACAUAUCGUUAUUUUAAGUAUGUAAAUUGAUAUAUGUAACAAUUCCAAGUACAAUUAAGAUUUGUGAGGGAGGAUGAGUUGUAAAAAGUUACGAGUUUAAUAAUAAUAAACUUGUGAAGAGAUAUAUA